GCUAGCAGCUAACGCGUUAGCCGGAAUGAAACCUUUACAAAUCAUCAACAGCUGAGCAGUUUCUGUGGAAAUUAGACCGAGACACACAGGUUUUAAUCUCUAUUGAAGGAAUCUUUUACAGAUCUCUAGCAAAUACGCGGAUGGCACGGACAGCACUUGUCGUGGGACCUACUUAAGAAAAGAGGGACAUCAACCUGAACCUCUGUAUGAGUAAUGAACCUAAACCCCUUUUGGAGCAUGUCUGCCAAUACAAGUCGCAAGCAGAGACCUGACAACGAGGAACAGAGUGGGCAUGGGGAUCAGAGAGCCAGCCCCGCCCGACUGCCCUUUGGCAAGAAGCAACUUCCAGCCAUUCCUAAGAAUGCAGCCCCCAUUACCAAGCCUACAGCAAUGAGCACCCCAGCCCAGUCAGCCAAUGGCACGCACGCCUCCUAUGGCCCCUUUUACUUGGAGUACUCUCUGCUGGCUGAGUUCACACUAGUGAUUAAGCAGAAACUCCCUGGAAUUUAUGUCCAGCCAUCCUACAAGUCGGCACUAAUGUGGUUUGGGGUCAUAUUCAUCAGACAUGGCUUGUACCAGGAUGGAGUCUUCAAAUUCACUGUGUAUAUUCCAGAUAACUAUCCAGAUGGAGAGUGUCCUAAACUAGUGUUUGACAUCCCCGUCUUCCAUCCACUUGUCGACCCUGUGUCUGGAGAGCUUGAUGUCAGAAGAGCUUUCACCAAAUGGAGACGGAAUCACAACCACAUCUGGCAAGUCCUGAUGUACGCACGCACAAUUUUCUACAAGAUCAACACCACAGAACCACUCAACCCAGAGGCUGCUGUGUUAUAUGAAAAGGAUGUGCAUUUGUUCAAAAGCAAAGUGGUGGAUAGUGUGAAACUAUGCAACAGUCACCUUUUUGACCAGCCCAAGAUAGACGAUCCCUACGCAAUAAGUUUUUCUCCAUGGAACCCAGCUGUUCACGAGGAAGCAAAAGAGAGAAUGUUCACAUAUAAAAGACGACCUGAGGAUCACCACAAGGGAACGCAUGUGUCAGGGCUGUCUUGGGUGAAGCCUGGAUCAACGCAGCCCUUCAGCAAAGACGACGGUCCUCCCCAGUGAACCUGAACGGUCGCCGCAGCAGCCACUAGAGGGAGGCACACGCAUCAGAUGCCACGCCUCUGGCUCACCUCAGCUGUUUGCGAACUGGAUCCUUGAAACAGUUGGGAGAACUUUUAAAUUAACUCUCCACAGUUAUUGCUUGGCUUUAAAAACUUUGUAGGCGUCUCCUCAAACCGCUUUAGAGUAAGGAAACAAAGUUUGUAUCAUAUGUAAAAUCGACGAUGACAAAUGGAUGUCUCAGCAACAUCAUUUAGGCUGUGAUGCAAUCAAAGAGCUUUCUCAUUCAUAUUUUCGGAUCCAUGCACAUGUUGGGCUAGGUGAUGAGAUACUGUCCCAAAAGGAGAUGAAAAGUAUGAGCAAAGCAAUUUGCAUUCAUACGGUAAGUAUAGUGGACUACAUGAUCUAAACCACUUGUUGAAAUUGGCUCAGGACUGUUUAUUUGUCAGACUGGGAAGCUGUCAGUCACAGCCGUGUGAUAUCUUAAUCUUCACCCAUCCCAAUGCCCGAUUAGAUACACAGGACAUGUUUUAUAUUUGUCUCUUAUUGGACAGUGAUUUAUUUUUCCUGUGUAAACUAUUGUCUUACACAGUUCAUAAUAUAUAAAUAUAAAUAUAUAUAUAUAAAAUGCAGAGCUCACAGGUAUGGUUUUAAAUGAGAUGCUAAGAAAGCUUGUGUUUUAUUUUGUCUGAUUUUAAAUCAUUUUGAAUGUUUUAUGUAAUCUUAGCUAUCGGUUAUUAAAGGUUUGAUGUGUAAAUAAUG